AUGCGUGAGAACGCCCUCUGGGGUGUCCUUGGGGCCGUCGGUCUCUUCGGAUCGGCAUCUGGCCAAGGAUAUGGCGGCAACCCCCCUGGCAGCCCUGGAAGCCCUGGUGGCGGCCCUGGUGGCGAGACCUGUCCUGUUCCUGUUCCUACCACCGUCUUCAUCACUGUCACUCCGGCUGUGCUGCCCCCCAUUGUGACGACCGUCAUCUCGACCGUCACUGCUGGCGAAGGUGGCCCCGGCCCAGGCGGUUCCGAUACUACGCUCAAGACUUCCUACCGCUCCUUGUCUGCUACCGGUCCCCUGUCUGCUACCGGUCCACUGUCCUGGUCUCCCUCCAGAACAAUUACUCUGCCUUGCUCCACUUCGUCGUCUGACACUGUUCCCUGGUCCACUGGUUUCCGCACUAUCACCAUGCCUCCUGUCUCGGGCGAGACCGCCUCAAGUGUUCUCACAUACACCAUUCUCACUCCCAACGGCCCCAGUCAACCUGAUCUCACCAACACACAUUCGGCAGCGACCAUUGCAACUCUGACCCUCACUCAAUCUGGAGCCGGUGGCCCAGGUGGUGCCCCGGGUGGCGUACAAGGCAGCUUCAACCCUGAUUCCCCCUUCGUUACCCUUACCGAGAGUAUUCCGGGUGGUAGCCAAGGCCGUUCAGCUCCUGCUUUCACGACUCUCACUGCAAGCGUCCUCAAUGGAGCAAAUGGCGGCAACAACCCCACUUCCUCGUCUGCAUCUUUCGGAAGUUCCCCUGAAGGCCCGAGUGGUUCUGCCGGGCAAGGCGGUGUCUCCUCCAGCAUUCAGACAUCCGUUUCACCUCUCCCUCCCGGACCAUUCGGCGUCUCUUCAUUACCCAGCCAGGUCACCGGAUCCCCUCCUGGUCCUUUCGGCAGGUCCUCGGCACCAGAUCAGCAGACCGAGACAGGGACUGCACCCGACGGAGGAUACGGAAACAGUCAACCACUGUCGACUAUCACAAUCACAGCCCCAGGUGGAUCACCAAGUGCCAGCAACGAGGGUGGCGGUCCAGGUGGUCCCAGUGACCAGAGCAACACCGCAACGACCAUCACAUUUCCCCUUACAGGUGGUUCAGUCGGUACAGAUGGCCAACCCAGCACCAAUUCAGGUCAAGGUGGAUCCCCGUCUGGGCCUACUGAUGCGUCAGGGGGUCCUGGAGACUCGGGCAUCUCGCAGACAACUACCUUGACUGCACCCGGUGGAGAACCAAGUGAAGCUCCAGGCUCCGAAGCUCCUGGUGGCUCAGACAUCUCACAGAUAACUAUAUGGACUGCAACACCGGAGGGGCCGAGCAAUGACGGAGGCUCAGGUAGUCCUAGCAGCUCAGGCGGCCCCGGAGACUCGGGCGUCUCGCAAACAGCUACCUUGACUGCACCAGAUGAAGAACCAAGUGAAGCUCGAGGCUCCGGAGCGCCUGGUGACUCCGGCAUUCCACAGACAGCUACCUUGACUGCACCCGGUGGAGAACCAAGCAAUGCUGGAGGCUCAGGCGGUCCUGGAGGCUCGUCCAUCCCUCGAACGGCUACCGGUCCUGGAGGCUCGAGCAUCGGACAGACGGUUACCUUGACUGCACAAAAUGGAGGACCAAGCAACCCCGCCGGCUCAGAAGUCCCUGGCGGCUCAGAAGGUUCAGGCAAUACCGGUAGUCAGGUAGGCCAAGGCACUUCGUCGUGCCCUGAGACCGAACUUGAGCCGUCUUCAGUGCCGCGUGUCAUCACUAUCACUGGCACAGACACAAACCCUUCUGGUGGGAGCGGAUUGACCUCACCAUUACCGACAAUCACCCUGACGAUCUCUGUGGAUUCAUCUGGGGGGCCCGGUGGCAGUGCCGGCGGAAAUGGAGGGUCUCCUACGGCUAUUUCGGGCGGCACCACGGUCACUGGAACUGACACUGACACAAACCCUGCUGGUGGCAGCGGGCUGACUUCCCCCUUGCCGACAUUCACCCUGACGAUCCCUGUGCAUUCAUCUGAGGCGCCCGGCGGCAGUGUCGGCGGGAAUGGAGGGUCUCCUCCUUCUAUUUCAGACGGCAUCACAGUCUCCGGCACUGACACAAACCCUGCUGGUGGCAGCGGGCUGACUAUCCCCUUUCCCACAAUCACCUUACCCACAAUCACCUUGCCGACAAUUACAGAGCCGACAAUUACCUUGCCUACAAUCACCCUGACGAUCCCUGAGGGUUCGUCUGAAGGCCCAGGCGGCGGUGGCGGCGGUGGUGGCGGAAAUGGAGAGUCUCCUCCUUCUAUUUCGAACGGCGUCCCGAUUACCGGCACCAACACCAACCCUGCUGGUGGCAGCGGUCUGAAUUCCCCGUUGCCAACCAUCACCCUGACGAUCCCUGAGGGUUCAUCUGAAGGGCCCGGUGGCAGUGGCAUCAGUGAUGGCGGGUUCCCUACUUCAAUCUCGGAUGGCAUCACGAUCACCGGCACCAACACGAAUCCUGCUGGCGGUGGUGGCGAGACCUCCUCUUUCCCUAGGAUCACCGGCACUAUCCCUGGGGAGUCUUCUGAAGUUCCCGGUGGCGGCACACCCACCGCAACUGACACAAGCCCCGCUGCUGGCAACGGACCGACUUCCCCGAUCUCAACAGUCACCAACACCGUGCCCCAAGGUCCUGGUGACGGAGGCAAUGGAGGCAAUGGAGGCGGCUCCGACUUGCCGACACUUACUUCGACUAUUCCCGUGGGCACAUCAGGGGCUCCAGGCGCUGGUCCGAGCGGAGAAGGCAACCCGUCUGACACACUCAAUGAUGGGGGCCAUGUCACAUCUACUCCUUUAGGCUAUGGCGGACCCCAUUCUCCAAUCCCACCAUUUAUUGGCACAAGCGAGGGUUCGGCCGGCGCUGGCGGUUCUCCUGGCGGUACUGCUGGCGGUCAGACCACCCCAGAGGUCAUCACGAUCAUCGGUCCCUCUCCAAGUGGUGAUGCCCGAGGUUCUCCUUCCACAACCCAAGUCAGCGGCACCGACAUUGCCAGUGAUAUGAGUCUGAUCAGCGGUACAAGCCCUCUCCCUGGAGGCUCUGGCGUCUCUACGAUUUCCGCCUCGGCCCAGUCCUCUUGGGGCACUAUCACCAGAAUCUCCACGCUGUCAGAUGCUCCCGCAAGCACGGUUACCCUCCCACACAAGUCAUGGACCCCAAUAGCAUCCCAACCGACCGGUGGCGACAGCGGUUCUACCUCCUCCGACGAUACUUCUGGCCCCGAAACCUCUGAGGCCAGAGGAACAGGAUCCCCACCAGAAGAAACCCCGACGGGCGGCGGCAGCAGUUCCACCUCCUGCUCCGACACCUCCGUUCCCGACGCUGAGACCUCUGGUGCCGAUACUUCUGCCCCCGAAACCUCUGAGGCCAGAGGAACAGGGCCCCCGCCAGAUGAAACCCCGACGCCCGAAACCUCUGAGGCCCGAGGAACAGGUCCCCCGCGAGAAGCAUCCCCGACGCCCUCCCGAGGUCCCAUGUCAUCUCUUCCAAGCAGUGGUUGGAACCUCACCUCAUCGGUGGCAGGCCAACAACCGGGUAGCGGUUUCCCAUUGUCGGGAUCUCCAAUGCCAGCCUCAAUGUCUCCGAGUGAUAAUACAACCAUUUUCUCCACAUCUCCGACGGCAUCGAUGAGUCUUUCAGCCGCGCCGCUGACAACGACGGACGUUGGUGAGACCACCACACCCGCUGACGAAGGGUCUGCUGCUAGGACAUUUGCCUCUGAGACACCUUCCGUGAGUGCUUCAGAGCUUCCUAUCCCAACAAUAACAUCCGGCGAGACUACGUCUUGUAGCGAAGAGGGGUCGGCUGCCAGAACGUUUGCAUCGGAACCAACAGCCUCUGAUGUUACCCCCUCCGUUUCAAUACCACUGAUGCCCAGCCUGCCACCGCCUGUCUCACCAUUUAGCAAUUCAUCGACUCAAUUCCCGACUGUGACCGCACCACCUCAGCCAUUUUCGUCUGUAUCCGACUCAGACCUGCCUGUGCCCAGAUCCAGCGAUUUGCCCAUAUUCAGCUCCACCAUCUCUGUUUCGAUCUCGCCCCAAAUGUCAGACACUCCACCUUACCCUUGCCUCUCAAUGACAACGAUGGAGAUCGCGACAUGGACACUCUCCUGGUGUGUCGACGUAGCAACGACGCAGCCUUCUGCCCCCAGCUCGACGGCCGAGCCGCGCGUCGCGAACAAUGUGAGUAUUACCUACAGCAACUUAGCGCCAACCACCGUACCUGGUGGUUACGUGUUCGGCUCUGCUCAUGUCGCUCGGAGAUCCGCCGUCCCGUCCCAUCCGCCCUUGGACCCAGCCACGGCUGUACCCUCUACCCUAUCGACCGUCAUUGUUCGCUCGUCAGGCUCGCGAGAGGGCUUUUCCACUGAGGCACAAGAUCCCAUGCCCACUACUUGCGGCAACAUGGCUGACACGGGCGACUUCGUGUUCAACCUUGAUGAUCUACACCUUGAGGUGGGAGCAGAUCUGGAUUCGCAGGACUUGAAGCCGACGCCGAUGUCAAAUCCGUACCAUCGAUUCUGGUUCUCCCCGGGCUUUGAGGUACUGUCAUCUGCUUCAGACCCGCUCCGCGCGUCUUCGGGCAAACCCAUUCUCCGAUUUACCCCAGCAUCGAUCUCGAAUAUAGCUGUACCCGAUGUGCCCUUGAAUGCGGCAGAGAUCAGUCUCGGUCCGCAAAGAUCAUCGACUUGCUUCGCAUUCCACUUCUACGGUAUGAGCCUUGGAUGCAGUUCCACAGGUUCGCAAUGUCUUUUCACUUUCACUGGGAUGAAGUAUGACCAUUCGCUUGGACAAGAGAGUGCCGUCGCCUCGCAGACGAUCCCUGUUCCUGCUUGCGGGGCCACAGAACACUGCAAGUUGGCCCCUGUCACGGUCUCAGGCUUCGAUGCUCUGACUUCGGUCCUGAUCACCUUGAAGGUGGACGGUCAUGACGAGAUUUGGUGGGCAGACGACGUUGCACUUGGAUGGGCCGACAACGACUGUGAGCAGGCGGUGUGUCGCUCCAAGGUGCGCGACUCCAUUGUGAAGCGCGAAUGGACUGGUAUGGAGUGA